AUGGCCAACCUAGCAUCGACAUUUUGGAACCAAGGGAGGUGGGAGGAGGCCGAGAAGCUGGAAGUGCAGGUGAUGGAGACGAGCAAGACCAAGCUCGGGGCCGACCACCCUUCUACACUGACGAGCAUGAACAAUCUCGCUUUUACUUGGAAAUAUCAAGGUCUACACAUAGAAGCCUUAGCCUUAAUGGAAGGCUGUGCCUGGGCUCGGCAGCGAGCCCUUGGUCCGAGGCAUCCAGAUACACUAUCGUCUUUGGCUACUAUAUACCAAUGGAGUAGCUAA